AUGUCUCGUUUUCCUAUACUUAUUUUCAUCGGAUUAUCAAGUGUUUACUAUGUAUCAUUUGCAAGUAUUGAAUAUGAAAAACAUUAUGAAAAUAACAAAUUUAUACCGGAACAUUCCAAUGAAUGGGUAGUACGCAUUGAUGAAGGUGAUGAUGUUGCUGAACUUAUUGCUAAUGAACUUGGUUUACAAAAUAAACGAAAGAUCUUUGAUAAUUAUUAUCUGUUUAUAAAUCCAUCUGUACCUCGACGAGCCAAACGUGCAACAAACGAGUUCACUGAUCUACUUAAUAAACAUGAAAAAGUUUCUUGGGCUGAACAACAACAAUCACGAAAUCGUAUUAAACGAGAUUAUAUUGAUAAACGUGCACAAGAAGAUCGAGUUUAUCGAUCUUUAUCAUUUUCCGAUCCAGAAUGGAAUCACGAAUGGUAUUUAAAAGAUACAAGACCAAAAAGUUCAAGUCAAUUACCUAAACUUGAUUUACAUGUUUUACCAGCAUGGGCUGCCGGUUAUACUGGUAAAGGUAUUAAAGUAACUAUUCUUGAUGAUGGACUUGAAUGGAAUAAUUCGGAUAUAAUGGCAAAUUAUGAUCCAAAAGCAAGUUAUGAUUUAAAUGAUAAUGAUGAUGAUCCAUCGCCACGAUAUGAUCUAACAAAUGAAAAUAAACAUGGAACACGAUGUGCAGGUGAAAUAGCUAUGAUUGCAAAUAAUUCUAUUUGUGGUGUUGGUAUCGCAUAUAAUGCAAAAAUUGGUGGUAUUCGUAUGUUAGAUGGACAUGUUACGGAUCGUAUUGAAGCUGAAGCUAUUUCUUUUAAUCAUAAAUAUAUUGAUAUUUAUUCGGCUUCGUGGGGUCCAAAUGAUGAUGGACGUACAGUUGAAGGUCCAGGUACAUUAGCUGCAGCUGCUUUUAUCAAAGGCAUUACUGAAGGUCGUAAUGGUAAAGGUGUAAUUUAUGUUUGGGCAUCAGGUAAUGGUGGACGACGACAAGAUAAUUGCAAUUGUGAUGGUUAUACUGGUUCAAUUUAUACAAUAUCAAUUUCAUCAGCAUCUGAACAUCAACAAUCACCAUGGUAUGCUGAACGUUGUCCUAGUACAAUGGCAACAACUUAUUCAUCCGGAGCUUAUCAAGAUCAAAAAGUGACAACAACGGAUCUUUAUGAUUCAUGUACAGAUGAUCAUACAGGCACUUCUGCCUCAGCACCAUUAGCAGCUGGCAUAUUUGCGCUUGUUUUAGAAGCGAAUCCGCAAUUAACAUGGCGUGAUAUGCAGCAUUUAAUAGCAUGGACGUCAGAAUAUGCUCCUUUAGCAAAUAACCAUGGUUGGACAACAAAUGGUGCCGGUUUUAAAGUUAACAGUCGUUUUGGUUUUGGUCUUUUAAAUGCAGCAGCAUUAACUGAAGCUGCUAAGAAAUGGAUUACUGUACCGGAAAAACGAAUAUGUGAAAUUGAACCAGUUAAUUUUCAACCACAAAAAAUUAAUGCUAAACAUCCAUUAGCUAUUGAUUUUGAAGUAACUGGUUGUGAAGGGGAAAAUAAUGUUAUUCGUUUUCUUGAACAUAUUCAGCUUUAUAUAACAAUUGGUUAUUCAAAUCGUGGUGCACUUAAAAUUAAUAUAACUAGUCCACAUGGUACUCAAACAACAUUAUUAACUGAACGUGAACAAGAUAGAUCACCAGAUGGUUUUCGAAAUUGGCCAUUUAUGAGUGUACAUACUUGGGGAGAGAAUCCAAAAGGUUUAUGGACAAUUAAAAUAAUGGAUAAUACUGGUAACCAAGACAAUGGAGGUAUAUUAGAAAAUUUUCAUUUGGUAUUACAUGGUACAGCUGAAGCACCACGUUAUAUACAAGCAGGACCACGUGUAUAUGAUGAAAAUUAUAAUACUGUUCAAAAUGAACGAAGUGAAGAACGUCAAAGUAUGAAAUUAUUACAUAGUUAUCGAGAUAUAUCUGAAACAAGUAAACAUGUAUCUGAUGCAAAUACUAAUGAUCAACAGUCAAACUCAAAUAAUGAACAAGAUAAAAGCUCAGAUUCUAAAUCAGAAAACCAUUGGCUCCGUCUUCUAGCUCGACUUAAUGGUAAUUGGGUACAAUAG